GUCCUCCCCCGGUUUUCGUCCCUAAACGACAUCAAGAAAAAGAGUAAAGAGGUCUCAGACGAACCCGCCCGCCCUCUUCAUCAGUCAAUUACGUCUCGUGAGCGAAACCCUAGUUCCACAAUUUUGCGGGCAAAGGAAGAAGAUCGUCCAUCCAUUUGCUGUUUGAUUCUCUGAAUCUGGAAUUUGAAAUAAUCGGAUGAAACCAUGUAUUCAGAGGCUGAUGUGGAGGCCUUCCAGGCUGCAAUGAAUAAGGACAUAGAAGGAAAUGUGUCUACUUCCCAGCUGUCUGAUUCACACACUGUAAAUGAUGCAGCUGUUUUCUCUCAACGAAGCGAUCGUACCUCUAUUCAGCCACUACAGCAGUUUCAUGCUGCUAGCCAGGAUGAGAGUGCAGCUUCUCGAAUUCAACAUGACCAAAAGAUUCCACACCAGCAAGGAUUGCAUUCAUUUGGACUGGAGCCAAAAUCACAGCGGUUCAUUGCUGAUUAUAUACAACAAAAAUAUGAUACUUCUGAGGAACUCAAUCAGUUUCCUUUGCUUCAAACAGGUGAUCUCCGAAAAGGACAAGCAGUACAAAAUACCAGCCUUGAAACAACUGUAAUGUCGAUUCCAGAGAAAAUUCCAAUUUCAACACAGCAGGACAUAACAUCUAAUCUAGAAAGUGAAUUUCAGUAUUUGAAGCUUCCGAAGAUCAGUAGUCAAAAGGAAAUGAUCACAGAGCAGCCAAACACCCCACUACCAUCUGUCAUAUUACUACCUUGCUUAUUGUCUCGUCUUGAUAGAAACAGAGGCUUGCAACUUACCACUCUAUAUGGUAAAUUUCAGAAAAAAGAACUUUCCAGAACUGAUUUUGUCUGUCAAAUGAGACGUGUUGUUGGGGAGCAGAUGCUCAGAUCAACAGUAAUGGAAAUACAGUUACAGAUGAAAAGCUUGCAGCCUUCUCCUGAACACCAGUUAUCGCCUCUGGCUCAAUUACCUCCAAGGAUGUUUUCUAUCAGUGCAGGUUCUACACAGUUCACUGAUCCUCAUUCAUUCUCACUAUAUCAGAGAGGCGCUAACUCUGCCGCAGACCUAUCAGACAUGUCCUCCACAACAGUUCAAGUGCAGAUUGAUUCAAGCCAUUCCUUUGUUGAAAACAGCGCUAAAAAUCUGAUGGACACUGGAAGUCGGUCAGAUUCUCAUGGAAUGCAAUUAAGUCAAAUGUCUUCUUCCUGCACACUCGUUGCUGAUCCUAAAAGGAAAUGCUCCUCAGCACCCACGCGAGUACUUAACAAGAAGCGGCAACAACAAUUGCACUACCCACAAUCAUCGGUUGCCAUGUAUGGACGUACUAGCGGUCAGUCAGGUGGGGAAGCACAGGAAAUGAACAUUAUUGGUGUAUCCAAAUUAGUGAUGCAAAAUUCUGGGUUAGACCCUAGUAGACUGGAGGGUGGAUCUCUUCUUCACUUUACAAAUAAUUCAACGUUACCGCAGAAUCCAGUUCCUUGGCAAUCCUCAAAUAAAGGACAGAAUUUUGGUUUUUUGUCCUCAAUGGCUUAUGUAAACCGGGGACCAGAUGAUAGGGCUUCUGAUCAACAGCACAAGCCCCCAUUAAAUUCACAGGGAUUGCCUUCUGUUUCUGCUCCACAAGCUGAACCAGAAAAUGUAUCACCUGGAAUAUCAACAAAUGAAUCUUUUGAGAAGCAUUCUUUAAAAUCUACAAGCAUAGCGCCUUCAUCAGCAGCAACAACAGUUCCCACAAAACCUGUUUCUCCUCCCAUAACGACACAAGUCGAUGCUAAUUUCACGUUAGGCCCUCAUAUUCAUUCCAGAAUUUCUCCUGCCGGAGUUGAUAGUGGAACACCUCCGGGGAACGCUUUUAUUGGCAAAAAGAAGCCUCGUAAAGCAGUUGGUUCUUCAUCACAACCAACAAGUAAGAAGCAAAAAGUAUCUGGAGCUUUUUUGUAUCAAAGCAUUGAGCAGGAAAAUGAUGUUACUGCUGUUAGUGGCAUUAAUCUUAGGGAAGAGGAAGAGCAGCUUCUUUCUGGUCCCCAGGAGGAUUCUCGAGCUUCAGAAGCAUCAGGACAAGCUGUGCAAGAAGAAGAAGACGAGAGGCUGAUUUUGCAGAAGACUCCCUUAAUGAAAAAAUUGGCAGAAAUCGUGGUCAGAUGUGGGUUGAAAAGUAUAAGGAAUGAUGUGGAACAAUGCUUGUCACUGUGUGUGGAGGAAAGAAUGAGGGGACUGAUAAAUAAUUUGAUUGGAUUGUCAAAGCAGCGAGUGGAUGCUCAGAAACCAAGAUUCCACACUAUUACUACCUCGAAUGUUCAACUGCAAAUUAUGAAUCUCAAUUUGGCAGCUAGGAAAGAAUGGAAAAAAAGGCAGGCGGAGGAACAAGCGGUCCAGAAGCUUAGUGAACUUGAUGUUAGCAAUGGAGUCGACCACAAUAAGGACAAAGAUCAAGGUCGUUCUAAAUUGUUUAAGGCAAAUAAAGAAGAAGAUGAUAAAAUGAGUGCAACAGCAGCGAAUGUUGCGGCCCUCGCUGCUGUUGGAGGAGAUGACAUGUUGUCAAAAUGGAAACUUAUCGCUGAGCGAGCCAGGAAAAAGCGUGAAGGUGGGUUUAAUGCUCCAUCUGUGUCCCAGGAUGUGAACCACAAGGCCACAACAGCGGGAAGAAUUAUGAUGUACAAUCGAGAAGCAGAGAAAAUGUGCGAUGGAGCUGCAGGGACUACAAGAAAUUUUGGAGAAAACCAAGUUGUCAUGCCCCAAACAAGGGUGGUGCGUAGUAUAUCAGUUAAAGAUGUGAUUGCUGUUCUGGAACAGGAACCUUGGAUGUCAAAGUCUCCUCUGACAUAUCUCUUAUAUGAGAGAAACCGUUCUGAUAUCACUGUUGAAGACUCCAAAUUGCUAAAUACAGUGCCUAUCAUAUCCUAGCCAUCAUUGGUCUUAAAGAAAAAGACUCUGAACCAACCUGUCAUUUCUAGCUGAGCCAUAAGGUUCGCCCGAGUUAUGAUAUAUCUCCCCUCAGUAAGUUUGAUGAACCAUGCAAGGAUUAUGCUUCUCCACAGUUUAGAUUUAAUCAGAUUGCUGAUUUAAAGUGUAAGGCUGGCUAUUGUUAGUUUUAUUUUGAGUAGUUUCUCUCACGUAUGGAUUCUCCACAGUUUAGAAAUGUGCAGUUCUAUGAAAUCUGGGCUGUAUCUGGGGUUGAAUGAUUUACAGCAGUCCACCUUAGCUAGAAUAGAUUGUAAGACAGAAUUUGAAUAUCAAUAUAAUUCAUAUUAAGAGUGACAACUUAUUGUUAA